UGCGAAGCGUCUGGAGCUGCGUCCUCCGCCACCACAUCAGCCUCCCCGUCCUCCUGCGCCCGGCCCGCGUCCGGCAGCAUCUGCGUGGCAACCUCCGGACAAGUUGGUGAAGCAUGGUGAAGCUGGGCUGUAGCUUCUCGGGGAAACCAGGCAAAGACCCUGGAGACCAGGAUGGGGCUGCCACAGACAGUGUCCCUCUCAUCAGCCCACUGGAUGUCAGCCAGCUCCAGCCACCAUUUGCUGAUCAGGUGGUCAUCAAGACACAGACAGAAUACCAGCUGUCCUCUCCAGACCAGUCAAAGAAGCUCCUAGACUUGGAGGGUCAGAAGCUGGCAUGCAGUCACCCAGAGGAAGGGCGUAAGCUGCCUACAGCAAGAAUGAUCGCCUUUGCCAUGGCACUCAUGGGCUGUGUGCUGAUCAUGUACAAGGCCAUCUGGUACGACCAGUUCACCUGCCCAGAUGGCUUCCUGCUUCGGCACAAGAUCUGCACGCCCCUGACUCUGGAGAUGUACUACACGGAGAUGGACCCCGAGCGCCACCGCAGCAUCCUGGCGGCCAUCGGGGCCUACCCGCUGAGCCGCAAGCACGCGGCCGAGAUGCCGUGGGCAGAGAGCUACCGCUCGGGCAAGGAGGAGCGCAGGGGACCCGCCCUGGCGGGGGCACCGGGGACCGCGAAGGCGGCGGUGGCAGCCGGGACGGAGCCGCCGGAAAAGCCCUCGGCCAAGGUAGAGGAGGAAGCCCCGAAGGCGGCGAGCAGCGCGCCUUCCCAGGCCCUGCAGUGAGGGCCCAGCGCGCCCAGCCCAGCCGCGGCAGCGCCCCUGCCUGCUUCUGUGACCAGUGACUCAUCGCCCGUCGCUCUCCGGCCUCAUGUUUGUGUCCUUGUUCCCAGAGCCUGGCGAAGCCCCAACCCCCAGGGGCCUCUGGCUCUGUUGCUUUUCUGUAAGUAAAACUUAAGUCUACCUGAUCUUUCUUACUCUUGCUUGUCGUUGCCUGUUGCCCUUUCUCCUGACCCCUGUGGCAUUGUCAUCAUGCUUACAGGCCUCAGGCCUGAGAGUUGA